GUAUUUGCUCUUGUGACUCAUGAAACUACAGAUGACACAUACAGACUUCAUGUAUUUUCAGAAGAAUCAGUUCCUCUUUUUGGCCCAUCUCUUCCUUGUCCCCCUGCAUUUAGAAACUCACAGGAAUUUCGAGAAUUUUUGCUUGUUAAAAUGAUUAAUGGUGAGAAAGCUGCUUUCAACACCCCAACAUUUUCUCAGAAACGAGAAAGAACAUUGGAUAUGCUCAUAAAAGAUCUGUAUUCUGAGCAUAUGAACGAUAGUAGAGGGAAUAUGCUAAAUCGAAGGGCUUUUAGUGAUGUUCUUCCUGAUCCUCCUCGUGGAUCUAGGAGAAAAGAAGAAGCUCGGCAAGUUGAGUUUGUAAGAAUAGGUCAGGCUCUGAAAUUAGACACUAUUGUGAAAGGAGAUGCUCCAACAAGCUUGGCCACUACUGGUUUGUUUAAACGGGCCCCUUGGGAACCUCAUUGCUUUUAUCCAGAUUUUAGUAAUGAAAUAGUUUGUGGUGAUUCUUGGGGAGAUACGCGACUUCUUGUCUCUACAGAAUCUGGCACAUACCUUAUUGAA